ACUGAACUGCAGCACCAAAUUCUUCGUCUUCAUCUUCAUCGGAAUAAUCGGAAAAAUCCAUUGAGGUGGUCAAGUUGCAUGUGCAGAUACAGAGCUGCUGGAAACUGUUAGAAUAGAAAUGAAGAAUAUUCCUAGCGGCCCUCGUCUACUGGGAAACGGAAACUAUUCUUACGAUAUUAAACUAAGCAAAGCUACCAUUAGCGUCACAAGAGAUAAAGGUAAUCGGAAUCCAUAUUGGAAACUCGUGUACGACGUAGACGGAAUGACUUCUAAACUUUCCAUAAUAAAAUUCACCGACGAAAAAUCAGGUGAUUAUAUAAACGUGGAUGUCGGGGAGUUGUUUUCACUUCAUCCUCAUCAAUGGUCAGAACUUACGGUACAAGUGAAAAAAGAUAAAAAAACCUGUCUUCUUUACCCAAUACUUGAGAUGUAUAACAACUUGACGAAUGCAGAAUAUGGUGAAUCAUUGAGUGACGGUGUAAAAACUCAGAGGUGGGUAUAUGCGUGUGGAACCAGGAAAGGUCUUGUUGUUAUAGUGAACAAGAAGAAAAGCAAGGAAGAACAACCCUACAUGGUUACCGUAGCGCAUUAUUACGUGAAUAGUGAUAGUGGUGGAAGCGGUGUAGACAUAGGUUUUUCAGGUGUGGUGAAGAUUGGAGUGGUUAAUGGAAAAUUAGAUUAUAGCGUAGAUGGUCCUGUGGAACAUCCUUCUUCUGCAUUACUUUACAUGAUGGAAGAAGUUUGUCGAAUAGGGAAGUGGAAGCCUUCUACGUGCCCUCAUUGCAAGAAUAUCCAAUCGCAACAGCGUAGAUUGGUGUCUGAUAGUGAAGACAGCGACACCAAUCUUCCAACAGCACCACCAUCUCAUGGAGGCCAACAAAAUGCAUCAAAUAUCGGACGCUUCAAUGGCGAUGGCAUCGGUAGUAUGAUUCGAGCAAAAAAUGUUAACUUUAUCAAACGGUGGACAUAACUUAUGCAUGGCAACAACUUCAAAAUAAGUGUCAAUUCAAAGUUCACAUUGAAUAAAGUAAAAGUUAACCCUAGUAUAAGAUAAAAGACUUCUAAAUUUAUUGUAAAGUUUUAAAUUAAAAGUGAUGUGAGAUGUUUUUAAAUGUAUUAGGUUAUCAUAUUAUA